CUCUAAUUCUAAUCCUUAUUCUCCUCUGGCUACGGAGGCUACCAAAGAACUCCCAUUCCCCACGACCAUCUUGAUCGCUUGAAUCAAUCAGAGGCCAAUUGUUCUUUAGCUGCUGGUAGUACAUAUGGGUGAGAAUUUGCAGCCCCAGAGCUCUAAAAUGUCACUUGACAGCUAUCAUCCAGGCUGCAUGCAGAGCCUACUUCACUUCCUUGACUUGCACCAGCGGCUCUAUAAAAGAAAGACACUAGGAUACCGGAGGCAUGACGGUGGAAGUCGGUCUGGGAGAGUAAAAAGUCCAAAAAUGAAGCAUGAUAUUCCUUCAGCUGGUGAAGACAAUAUCCAUCUGGAUAAAGGUGCACAAUUCCUGACAGAAGAUAAAAUUAGUGCUGCAAACAGGACUUCUGGCAAACCUCUCAUAAGAAAUAUAAUUUGUAAAAGAAGGCACAGGCAGAAAGAUCAGAAGCGAAAGAUUUCUCCAUUAGCAUCACAGUUGCUGCGUACUAGUUCUAUCCAUCAUUUGGAAUGCAAUGAUUUUGUUCUUCCUGAUGAGAUGUCUCCUGGCAGCGUAGCUUCAGUUGGACUUCUUUCAGAUGAGACUGCUUCUUCUUCGGGUAGCCAAAAUAGAUCAUCAUCGCCCGAAACCUGUGAUAGUCCUAUUAUUCGAAAGCAAUGCAGAGUGUGUGGGAGCAUUAACAUUGUGGAUGACAAGGGUCACAACCAGCUUGAUGGACUUGGAGAUCAUUUACUGGAGAAAAAAUCACUUCUUGGAGUAAAGUUAAAUGAAGCAAAGGAGGCCUUCCUAAAACAGCAAAGUACACAUGCUGGAGAAGUGGGCAGAGGUGUUGCUCUCCUUCAGUCAAAAGAAUUCUUGGAUAUGAUGGAGCUACUAAAUGCAAACAGGGAGUUAAUUAUAAAAGUUCUACAGGAUCCAACAUUCUUUAUAGCAAAUUAUCUACAUGGUCAACAGGCUUCUGGCUCGGAGAUGGUUUUGACCAAGACUAGUUCUUUUUCUGUAGAAGAGUUGUCAGGCAGAAAUAAUGAGGCACUUAGGCUCCAUCAUAAGUCGAAGGAAAGUGAACCUCUCUCCAAAGAAGAUGGGAAGUUGGAAGCUGGAAGCUCGCCUUUAGUUCCUAAUAUCAUUCAGGAUGGUUCCCAGGCGAUGGAAUCAAUAACUGAUGAAGAGGUCAAAAUUCUAAAAGUAGAAGCUGAAAAUCUGGAUGCUGCUGGAACUGCUCCUGCUCUUGGAUACUUAGAGGGUUCUUCCUAUGAAUCGAACAACAAGAGAGAUAGGACUCUUUCACAUCAUUUUAGGACCAUCAAGCGGAAGAUAAAAGACAUGAUCAAGGAUAACAAAAAGGAGCAUCAUAGAAUCUCCAUGGAUGGGGUUCUCCACAAAAUCCCAUAUGGACAGAAGGUAUCCGAGGAUGUAAAGAAAGAAGUACAGAGUUUACUGAAACGAUCUGCAUCUGACAAACUCGACAGAUACAUCUCAAAAAGUAAAUCUGGGAGAAAAUCUGUUGUUUCUUCAAAGAGCGGCUCUGUACAUGAAAGUAUCAGGAAAUCUUUCUCACUAACUGAAUCCUUGGAUAAGUAUUCUCAUUUAUUAGAGUCUAUUUCAAGUGGAGAAGACAAAAGGUUCUCUGCAAGAUCAGUGUCGACAAAGGAAGAUUGCAGUUUACCGGUUAGGAAGUUCCCAAAAGCCUUCAAAAGAAUAUUCUCCCUCCCUGAACUUGAUUCAUAUUCUUUGAGCAAGGAUAUCCAAACCGAAGCAUCUGGUGCUUCCCAGUCACUAGAGAUGCUAACUUCAGGUCCUAAAAUUGAUGACAUAAUGCUUGAUCCAUAUAGUUAUAGUAAGCCAAAGCCAGUUGACACACUUGCAUGCACAGAGGAAAGCAUAAAAUCAGAUGCACUGGUAGAACAUAUUCUAGAAGUAAAUGCUAAGGAACAGCCCAUAUUGAUCAAUGAGCUAGAUCAUUGUGACACAUACAGUACUUCAGACAAAUUUGUUUCAGAAGAGAAUAACUAUGGUUCCCUCCAUGUGAUUCCCAGUGAUAUGCCUACAAAGCAAAGUCCAAUCUAUGUAACUAACUCAUGUGCUCAAGAGGUCCUUGUCAGUCCUGCAAAGGAUUCCAUCUCAGAAGCAGGUUCAGAGAUAAAAACUAGGCAGAUUGAUUUGGAGGAGCUGGAUUUAUCGACUCAUCUAGGGAGCUGCUUGGGUAUUGAUGAUGCCUCCAAUGUGGUGGAAGGUGUUGAAACGGACUUCGGCAAGGCACCAACUUCAACGGAGCUCGACGAUUUUAAUUAUUCCUACAUUCAGGUGGAUGAGAAGGAUGAGGCUGAGUUUCAAUAUGUGAGAGAUAUAUUGAUGAAGUCUGGGUUCAGUGGCGAUGAGCUUCUUGGAGAAUGGUAUUCUCCUACCCAGCCAGUGGACCCCUCACUGUUUGAAGAAGCAGAAUGUUCUUGUUAUGAACUUGAUCCUGCUGGAUACGAGCCUGAAAUGACUCUUAAUCACAUGCUUCUGUUUGAUCUGAUCAACGAAGUCUUGCUGGAAAUCUACGACAGUACCUUCACUUACUGCCCCUGGCUCUCACGUUUUGAUUCUCGUGUUCGGCCAAUGCCAGCAGGUUACCAUGUGCUCGAGGAGGUGUGGGCAAUCGUUAGUCACCAUCUCAGCUGUCAACUGCAGCUGGAUCAAACUGUGGAGGAUAUUGUUGCUCGAGAUUUCAUGAAGGAUGAUGGAUGGAUGAGCCUCCAACAUGAUACUGAGUAUGUAGGCCUGGAGUUGGAAGAUCUUAUUUUAGAUGAUUUGCUAGCUGAUGUCAUUCUUCAAUUAGAUGACUUGCUGAUUUCUCGAUAUGUUCUCUAA